AUGGAUCCGCAGACGGCCGAGGCCGGCGAGGCCUACCUCAACUCCAUGGGCUUCCGCUCGCUCAUCGAGUGGAUGACGGCGGAGGCGCUACUGUCCAGACCCGACGACCCUCUGACGUUCCUCCAGUCCUUGCUGCAGGAGAAGAUAGGCGAGAGAAAAAGUGGGGAGAAGUUCCAAGCCGAACAUACGUUGGCGUACAUCAAACAGUGCUACGCCGCAGCAAGUGCAUCAGCUGACGAGAAUGGUCGCAUCCUGGUCAAGCCUCGAAAGUUCGCGCCUCCUCCGCCGUCCGUCAACUCACCGACUCCCGAACUUGGGAGCGACCCUGUCUUAACGCAUCGACUGUCGAAGAUGGAGCAGGUCAUUCAGGCUUGCCGCGUAAUUGGCUCAGAGCUAGAUCCUAUGGAAGCGACGAAAAUCAUCAUCAAGCAGGCGUGCUCUGUGCUGAAUGCGGAACGAGCGACGCUAUUCAUCUAUGAACGAUCGACGGACAUGUUGGGAAUUGCUGGCACGGUAGCUGCUACAGGCAAAGCGAUGAACAUUUCCGACGCGUACGCGGACCCCAAUUUCGACUCGCAGUAUGACCAACGCAACGGAUAUCAUACUCGAUCAAUGCUCUGCGUACCGGUCCGCAAUGGGGCAAAUAACACGGUCGGGGUCAUGCAGGUGCUCAACAAGAUAUCGGUCGAUAAAACGGCGAGCUUCUCCGACGAAGACGAGGAGAUUCUGACAAUUCUCGCUGCUCAGGCGGGUGUGGCACUACACAAUGCUGACACCCACGCCGUUGCGUGUAUUGCGCGUGAACGGGUCAAAGAAGUGCUGAGCAUUGUGCAGGAUAUGCACCGUGACUUGGGGUUCAUCUCGCUGAUGUUCACGAUCUCGACUCGUGUUCAGAGGUUUGUCAACUCGGAUCGAUGCACCCUCUACAUUGUGGACCGGGCGAAGAAUGAGCUCUGGACUUUGCAGGGCGAAGUGAACAUCCGUGUACCGUUGAAUCAGGGCAUCGCUGGUGCUGUCGCCCAAGAGAAUGUACCUAUCAACCUCGCUAAUGCCUACGACGACCCGCGCUUCAACAAGGACUUCGACCAGAAGCUCGGCUAUCAGACACGCAGCGUACUUGCGAUGCCUCUUCGCAAUAGCUCGGGCGAAGUCAUUGCCGUCGUACAGUUAAUCAACAAACUCGACGCUAGCGGAGUAUUCUCCACAGACGACGAGGAGCUUCUCGGAACGUUUUUGCAGAUUGCCGGCCCGAUCCUCUUCAACUCGCACUCGCACCUACCGAUCUCAUCAUCGCAGAGCAAGGAGGAGGUGGGAACCGAGUUUACGGGGAAAAGUACGCGUGGAGGGCAAGACAUUGUGGAGAUGAAUGUCAUUUCAGAGAACGAUGAGGAAGAAGCGUAA